AAUACCGGCCACCGGGUAUUAUGCAGCCCACCAACGGCCCAAUGGUCGAUUUCUGAGUCUUUUAACUAAAACCCUAGUCGGAAUAGUCAGUAUAGCACAGAGUAGGCCCUCGUGAACCGGAGAACGGAGGACAUAUUCACCGUUCUCUAUUACUUUGCGUCUCCCUAGUAGCGGUGUUGAAUCCAAGGAGAAUUUUUCAGUAGAAAAAUGGCAGACAAGGCUGUGACUAUCAGAACUAGGAAGUUCAUGACCAACCGCCUUCUCUCGAGGAAACAAUUUGUCAUUGACGUACUUCAUCCUGGAAGAGCCAACGUCUCGAAGGCUGAUUUGAAGGAGAAGCUGGCAAGGAUGUAUGAGGUUAAGGAUACCAACUCCAUUUUUGUCUUCAAAUUCAGGACCCACUUUGGAGGAGGCAAAUCAACAGGGUUUGGCUUAAUAUAUGAUUCAGUCGAGAACGCAAAGAAAUUUGAGCCGAAAUAUAGGCUGAUUAGGAAUGGGCUGGAUACCAAGGUUGAGAAAUCCAGAAAACAAAUGAAGGAGAGGAAGAACCGGUCCAAGAAAAUACGAGGUGUAAAGAAGACAAAGGCUGGAGAUGCAGCAAAGGCCGGAAAGAAGAAGUGAUCAACGUCACACUUGUCAUGUUUUGGUUUUUUCUUUCCUUUUUGGAACACGUUUUGGGUAUCUUGCCAUUCAAUCAUCAUCCGAUCUUUUCAAACCAAUCAUUUAGACACAUUUGGAUUCUAAUAUCAGGCUAAAAGUAGCAGAUUUGUGGUGGUGCGUUUAAGGAUAAACGGGCAAUGCAUGGGGUUAGAUAUAUCAUACCUGAUACCCCCUAUAUGUUAUGAGCUUGUUUACAAAUUACAAUUGUUUUGCUAAUCACCAUUCUCAGCAUCCAUUUCUA